AGUUUCUUUUAGACAAACUUCAGAUCCAUAUGUUGCUUGACGACUACAUGUUUAAUGGCAGUCCAUAAUGAUUGUUUAUGGUCAGUCACAAAAAGCUGUGCAUUUUAGUAUAUCACCCACAAUUUUCAGGCUGUCACAUAAUUAUGCAAUUUCGUCUUGUUCGACAGCAGAGAGCGCUAUUCACUUACAUCUCGACUAGAGAAGCGCGCUCUCGGAGAGUCCGCGGGCACCAGCAGAGUGGAAUUCUAGUUCACGCGCCUGCUGUUGCGAAGGGCGAUAGCGUCGCGAACGAGCGCGCAGCAGACAGACUGAUCGGAGAAGGACGUCACGAAUCUGCAGAGAUGCUGACGGAACAGCGAGAAUAAAGGGACGUAUACGCUGCUAUCCGUGCAUAUGUCAGAGCGCAGAAUACCUCCGUUCGUCUUCAUGGAUUAGCAUUUCCCGUAUUUAUACCAUUUGACGUCUUCAACAUGAUUGUUAAGUUUUUUUGUGAGAUAAAAUAACCACACCACACCCGGCGCUGUGAGGAUCGGGAUUGAGCAGGCACCUUAAGGCUCCAAUGCCUGCCUCAGACCCCUCUCGCCGGCGUUAGGGGACAAGCUCAGAGCAAAUCACAGAAGACAGAAUGAGUGCAGGGCUGGAGCAGACAGACAUCCUGUCUACGGGCAUCGUGGUGAAGGAACGAUGGAAAGUAGUGAAAAAAAUUGGUGGUGGUGGCUUUGGAGAGAUCUACGAGGCUCUGGACCUAAUGCUCCGAACCAGCAUGGCUCUGAAAGCAGAGUCAGCCCAACAGCCUAAGCAAGUUUUGAAGAUGGAAGUGGCGGUGCUAAAGAAACUUCAAGGAAAAGAUCACGUUUGUCGUUUUUUUGGAUGUGGCCGCAAUGAUCGCUUCAAUUAUGUUGUCAUGGAGCUUCAGGGUCGUAAUUUAGCAGACCUGAGGAGGAGUAUGAACCGCGGCACUUUCACAGUCAGCACUACUCUCAGACUGGGUGUGCAGAUACUGGAGGCUAUUGAGAGCAUCCACUCAGUGGGCUUUUUACACCGUGACAUAAAACCGUCCAACUUUGCCAUGGGCCGCUUCCCCAACACAUGUCGCACUUGCUACAUGUUAGACUUUGGCUUGGCUCGGCAAUUUACUAACUCCUUACAAGAAGUCAGACCGCCCCGCCCUGUUGCUGGUUUUAGGGGAACGGUGCGCUACGCCUCGAUCAACGCUCACAAGAACAAGGAAAUGGGAAGACAUGAUGACUUGUGGUCCUUGUUCUACAUGCUGGUGGAGUUUUUGGUCGGGCAGCUACCCUGGAGGAAGAUUAAGGACAAGGAGCAAGUGGGGAAGUUAAAAGAUACAUAUGAUCAUCGGCUCAUGCUCAAACAUCUGCCCCCGGAGUUUAGUGUCUUUCUGGACCACAUCAGCAAUCUGGACUAUUUCACCAAACCAGAUUAUCAGCAACUGAGGACCGUUUUUGAAAAGAGCAUGAGAACUUACAACGUAGUGGAGAAUGACCCCUAUGACUGGGAAAGGAUGAGCUCAGAUAGCACAAUGACGAUCAUCACAGCGGCAAACACCCCACAGCACCACACACGCCUCACGCCAGCUCAGAUGGGCAUUGUGAAUGCCUCCAUGGUGCCAGGAGAUUUUCAGAAAGAGAACACAGAUGAAGUUCUCCAGGACGAGCAUCUCAGUGAUGGCGACAAUGCCCGGCCUGAGAACCUUCCUGGGUCUCCAAACCAUCCUCUCGGGCACCAGGAAACCGAUGUAUGGGAGGACCUGGACCGUAAUCGUAACCAAAUCUGUUCUCCAGUCUGGAAGAUGGGAACAGAAGGGGAGCAUAGUAACCACGGAAAUCAGAGCCCCCAUGGUGGACCCAGCAUCGGUUCUCCGGUGCGAGUCCGCUCAGAGGUGGUGCCUUCAGACAGAGACACUCCUCUUCUGAGGAAACUGCGCAAUAUCCAUAGUUUUGAGCUGGAGAAGAGACUCACUUUGGAGACCAAACCCAACACAGAGCGCUUUGUGGAGGCCUGUAAGCAGCCACCUGCUCCAGUGAAGGAAAGCGAUGGUAAUGGUGUCCUUUGCUUGGCUAAUGGAAAUCAAGGAGAGCGCGUUUGGCACUACGACGAGGAAUUCCGCUUGAAUGAUGGCUCACCCAAGCUUGCCUCCCUGGCGUCUCUUGAGCUCGGCGACGGCGCUGCUAACAGCGGCUAUGUAGCUCUAAACCUGAGCUCAGGGUUGCAGGAUGUCGAGUUGCGAGACUGGGUGAUUGUGGAGAAGGGCUCUGAUCUGCAGGACUUCAGAGAGGCGGUUGGAAGCAGCCCUGAUCGGGAGGCCAAAGUCAGUAAGAGCCCAUCAGGUGAAUGUGAAGAGGAGCCAGAGGUAUUGCAGCCAAUGGAUGAAUCACCGGAUAAAGAGUCAAGUCCUAGUCUAGUACAAGGAGACAUCCUUACACCUCACACCAGCCAGGACCCAAUAAGAAUGGACCGGUUGGAACUGAGUGUAGUUCCUACAGCAGGUGGACCUCCUGUUACCCCAACCAGCCAUGGUGAGGCACUGGCUGAAGGGGCGCUAACACAGCUGCCCACUUCUCCUGCAUCCCAACUUGAGGAGCUUGUGGCUAGGACGUGUAGCCCCCUGCUCCUGCGCUCCCCCAGCCCGAACACCUUCUUGACCACCCUGUCGGACCCCCUGCACCAGCGUGCCCCACCCGGGAUGCACCGCAGACAGUCUGCUGACCACCAACACCACCCUUCCUCCUCCACCUCUUCGUGCCACGCCUCGCUGCCAUUGCCCUCCCAGGCCCGUGCUGUCUGUUCACCUGGACGCAGGAAACUUCCUGCCAUUCCAGCAGCAGGUGCAAAUACCAAGUUCCCCUCAGUCAUACGAAUCACCCGCGCUCAGCUUCAACAGUUAACUGCUCAGCGGCCCUCUGUGCUGACCUCCCAGUUUGCAUCUGAGAGUGCUCCACUGGAAAGACAGGAUGUUGAUAAUGGUAACAAUGAGAUCCAUCCACAAGAGAACACAGCAGAGAUCAACUCUCUGCAGGAGCUGACCCCUCUCCAACCCACCAGCCCCUCGAAUAGUGAAGGGAAUGUUUUAAUAAAUGGUAAUGGCAGCCCAGUACCGAUUCUGAUGCCGUCUCCAUGCACACCUCCUUCUCCACAUAGUCCAGUUUUGAUGAACGGCUGCCAUACACCUCCAUCAAGUGCUCAGAGAGACGCCAAUGACCCAAAAGAACCCUAUAGUUAUUUUCUUCACAACCAGUGCUCGCCGAAGGAGGACAAAGAUGGUGUUUCCAACAGAAAUGUCAGUCCUACCCCCGCGCCUCCAGCCUCCGCUCAAAAUCCUCGACACAGCCGUAUUCCAGUGUUGGAAUCUUUUAGCCUUCUAGACCCACCACCAGGAUCUGCUAAAGAGAAAUUGCUGCAGAAGAGAGUUCACCACAUCCCCAUUUCACCUUCCGCCUCACCCUCAGUAUCCUCAGAGAGGAGGGUUAUCGUGGCUGCCAUGCAGCAGGAUCAGCUCUCCUCCGCCUCUUCUGAACGCUCUCAGGAUGACGAGUCCGACCGCCAGGGGGAAGAUGCACCAUCGCUGUCUUCCUCCUCCAGCCCUCUUUUACGUAAAAGCAGGAUCCCCCGCCCUGUCACACCCACAAGUACUACGGAAACUGUUACAUCACACUUUCUGCCCCGGCCCCCUCCAGGAAAACCACCCAACCGCUCCACUUUGGAUGGGAGGCUUCGACGUUACAGGAUUCGUGCCAGUAGCACCAGUGACCCAGAACUGCUGACUUGUCUGGCCCAGCUAAUGAAGGCCAGUUCAUCCCGCAGCUCUUCACACCACAUCCGUUCCUCGCCACAACACACCGGUGCCAAACACAUGUUUGUCAGUCCAACCAACGCUGUUCACAUCCUCCACCAACGAAGCUCUAGCGCCUCCCCCCGCAGCUCCUCCUCACUACAGCGCUCCAUAAGCUCCUCCCCGUCCCGCCACGAGCACCGCGCGGGCAAUAUGGGCCGCAGCCGCUCUCCUCCCAGUUUUUCGGGAUCACCUCCUAUACGCCGCUUGCAUCCUCACAUACAUGAAGGAUGCUGUGGCCGUCAGGCCCGCUCCGCUACUGUACACACCCAGCGGGGAAAGGCCGGCAGCCGUGAGGUCAGGUGCUCCAGCAAGCUGAGCAGAUGAGUAAAUGAAUUUAAAAGGGAGCAUAUAGUUCCUGCGUUCCUGCAUCUUUUGCCAUUCUAGACGCUCCUUUGCCUUCUUUUUGUCAUCGGCCUCAUUUUUGAAAUUUUAGCCUGUAGAACACUAAAGCUUGAUGAGAGAACUUAAAAGUUUAUUUGUGAGGCAGAUGGACAAAGUGCUUUGUAGUUAUUUGUUACUUUUCUUUAAAACAUUCCAGAGCUUUUAAGAAGAUGAUUGUAUGUAUUGAUAUGGAGUUGUUUAUUUGCAUCAAGCUCGGCUGUUUUAUAGUAUUUAUUGGGCUAUUUAUUUAAAGUUUGAUGCACAUUGCAGCUCUCAUGAGUGCAGUGGCAGGUACACUGAUUAAUCAUGCCACCCUCUCUCAGUUUUACUCUUGCUGUGUGCUUUAGCUACUGUCAGCAUCUUGAGGUGUUGUUUUCCAAGGCAUAUUCGAAACAAUCCUGAACGUGUUGAUGCAUCCAGGGUGGUUUUACAGCGUAUGCUUGCAAUGCAUUGAUCAAAAAGUAAUAUUUGUGGUAAUGUAGUAUGGUAGUGUAGUCCAUGUUUCUGGCCAAAGUGAGUGCAAGACGAAUGCCAACAAGCAGUUGUUCUUCCUCAAAUAAAAAUAAAAAAAGCUGAUCAUGGAAACAAUCAUGCAAGUGUUCUUGCACUUUGAUGUGCCUAAAGAACUUUUGCUUUGGUAUAUACUGUAUGGGACAUGGCAGGGUCAAGCUUCCAAAAUCUGGAGGAACAAGACAGUUUGGGUUUUUCUCCCUUUUGUUUUGACUAGAUUUUCUGAGUUAUGCAGUUUUCAGUGACACUGGUCCAGAUUUAGUGCACAAUAAUGCACAAUAUAUAAAUGUAUAAAGUUAUAUAUUUAUUGGGUAUUUGAAUGGCCAUUUAGAAUAAUUAAUACACAUAAUCACUACUGUCCGUAAGGGUUGAACUCUUAUAACAAAUAAGAUAAACAAAUGAUAGCUGAUAACUAACUGAUAACUGAUACAAUAGCCAAUCUUUGACUAAAAACUAAUUAUUAUAUGUGCCAUCUAAUGUCCGAUCAAUAUUGAGGGAAAUGGUUUUACAUUCCAAAAGCUUAAUAUUGGUUCAAGCACUUUCUUUCACACUUAAGUUAUCUUACUUAUCUCAUAAAAAAUAUUUUUCUAAAAAGCAUGAAACUUAUUUUCUUUAAAGACUGAGGCAUCAACUCCCUGUCUUCCUUGUUUUGCUUAUAAUACACUGUAUUGUAGCAACAGUUCCCGUACAUGAACGAAUCUUUGCAUGCGCCACAGCAAAAUAACAAAACGCUUACAAUAAAACACAGCUAACUUUUUUUCUGUACUGUACCUGACAUUUGUAGCCUGAGAAGUACUGCUUGUAAAUAGUUUUCCCCCUGGCUUGUCUUAAAUAUAUUCACAUUGCCCACACUUUAACUUGAAAUCAGCACUAAAGGAGAGAUUGUCUGUGUUAAACUGACUUUCUUAAUGCUUGACUGUAUGUGGUUUGCCGGAGCAUGUGAGAUAUUGACAGAUAAAAUCAUGUUUAUAUUUUCUCCCAGGGACUGAGGGAAAGACAUUUUUAAGAUUUUUAGUCAGCAAUUAUUUAUAAUAACCAUUACACUAUAGUGUCGCAUUUAUUGUUGUUAAUAGGGCAGAUGUAAUUCAGCUUUCACCUGUCCCAAGACGCUUUUCAGUUAGUAGAUAGGCUACCAUCCCUGCAAUAAACCCAGUCUAAUGGCUAUAGGAGGUUACAAGGUUUUAUCAUAUAACAUUUAAAUGGCCUUUAGAAGAUAGUAAACAUUUUCCCAGAUUUUCCAGACAACUGCAAAAAGGCAGGUGUAUGUAUUCACAACAUACUUUAAGCUAAGUAAAGUGAUUUAACCCUAUCAAUGUUUUAUCACAACAACAAAAAACUGAUUUCAACAUGCAAUAGUACAAUAAGAGAACAAAUUAAUUUUUAAAGUCUUUUCACCUCUCAUCUUAAAGUGCAUAGAGGGAGGUUCACUUGGUCUUAUUUAUUUUUUCAAAAAUCUAAAACAAUUUGCCUUUUGUAAUAUAAAUUCACUAAUGUCUUAAAAUCAGUUUAAUACUAAAUUUUCCAAGAAAGCCUAUUCAAACACAAACUUCUGCACUAAAUAUGCUCAGUUUAAGUCUGUUUUCAUUGACAUCCAUUUUAUUUAAGUAUUAAAUACUUUUACUGCACAGUAUUUCUUUCCCUGCAUUUUUGUCAUCUGUAAGAAUCUUUAGAAAGAUUUAAAUAAAAACUAGACUGUAAAAAAUGUCCAAAGGGUCAAUUCUUCUAUUAUUAACUACAAUUUGUAUUUGUAUCACUAUUAUUUAAUAUUUUUCUUACCGCAAAAUGUUGGUCUCUGUGAGGUUAAAUGUAUUGUACAGUGUACAAAAGAUUGCUACGGGGAGGGUCUGCAUUGUACAUUAAUGUAAUUAUUUUUCAUUGUCAAUUUUAAUUUGUAUCAUAAAUGCCUUGUAUAGUGUUUUUUGUUUUGUUCAUUUUUUGUUGUUGUUGUUUUUUCCUUUUUCAUUUGGAAUUAUUUUGUAUUUUAUUUUUAUAAACUUGCUAUGAAUAAAAUUUUCAUUGAGCAU